AAAAGCGGGGACCUUUUCGUAAAUUCACGUUGGGACCUUCUUCAACCCUUGUUAUUUAGACGGGAAGGGAUAUUUUUUCGGUCCGAGAAUUGUGAAGCUCGGCGGAGAUUUCUCUUCGAUUCGCUUGGUUUUGGGUCAAUUGGAGCUCUCCAGUAUCAGAAGAUCAAUAUUUGGGAAUGCAGAAAGAUGUGUGUGACCUCUGAGAAACAAUCAUCUAAGGCUAAUGAAAUUGUAGCUCCACACAAGCUAUCCUUGUUCAUCCUUGACGAGAUUGGACAGUACACUAAUACCCAGCUUGUGCUCUGCGCAAGGAUGCUCGAUGGAGUGGCAAUAUCAAGUAAGCCUGUCGUGGUCAGUCACGACAUUGGCGAUGACGGUUGAGAACUUCUGCUCAUAUUAUCCCGCUUUGUAAAUAGUUUGUAACGCAGAAGCGGGAGGCCGUAGCGUAAUUGUUGUUAUAACUACUAUAAAUGGAAAUGGACAAUAAAGGGACUGUACUGAUGGAAAGAUAUGAAUUAGGGAGACAAUUAGGGCAGGGAACUUUCGCAAAGGUUUAUUAUGCUAGGAAUAUCAAAACUACCCAAAGUGUUGCUAUAAAGGUGAUUGACAAAGAGAAGGUUUUGAAGGUUGGUCUUAUGGAUCAGAUCAAGCGUGAAAUCUCAGUGAUGAGAUUGGUGAGACAUCCGAAUAUUGUGCAGCUGUAUGAAGUCAUGGCUAGCAAGACCAAGGUAUACUUUGUCAUCGAAUAUGUUAAGGGAGGUGAGUUGUUUAACAAAGUUGCUAAGGGCAGACUCAAAGAGGAUGCUGCUAGGAAAUAUUUCCAACAGCUGAUCGAUGCUGUUGACUUUUGCCACAGCAGAGGUGUUUACCAUCGUGAUCUGAAACCUGAAAACCUACUGUUGGAUGAAAAUGGAAACCUAAAGGUUUCUGAUUUUGGUUUGAGUGCCCUUGCCGAGUCUAAGAGGCAGGAUGGCUUAUUGCACACUACUUGUGGUACUCCAGCUUAUGUAGCGCCUGAAGUGAUCAGUAGAAAAGGAUAUGAUGGCGCCAGAGCUGACAUUUGGUCUUGUGGUGUCAUUUUGUUUGUUCUCCUAGCUGGAUAUCUCCCUUUCCAUGACUCAAAUCUGAUGGAGAUGUACAGGAAAAUUGGCAGAGGAGAAUAUAAAUGCCCUAAUUGGUUCCCCUAUGAAGCUCGGAAGCUACUUUCAAAGAUAUUGGAUCCAAACCCAAGCACAAGGAUCUCAAUCACAAAGAUAAAGGAAAAUUCUUGGUUCAAGAAAGGGUUUGUAGACAAAUCAAUGGACAUUGAAUCAGAAACAACAGAAGCCGUGCCUGGAGAUGUGAAUGAAGCCCUUGAAUCCUCUAAUGGCAACAUUGUUGACAAGAAGCAGGAGUCAGUUAAACCUGCAAAUUUAAAUGCCUUCGAUAUCAUCUCUCUUUCAGCGGGAUUUGAUCUUUCAGGUCUAUUUGAGGAACAACAACACCAUAGAAAGGAAGCGCGGUUUACCUCUAUGCAGUCUGCAACAACUAUCAUCUUGAAGCUGGAGGAUCUUGCAAAGCGCUUGAGGCUAAAAAUAAUGAAGAAGGAUGGUGGAUUAUUGAAAAUGAUAAGGCCUAGGGAAGGCAGAAAGGGUGUCUUAGCCAUUGAUGCAGAGAUAUUUGAGAUCACUUCUCAGUGUCAUCUGGUAGAGAUUAAAAAGUCUAAUGGUGAUACUCUGGAGUAUCAGAAGCUAUGGAAAGAACAAAUGAGACCUGCUCUCAAGGACAUCGUUUGGGCAUGGCAGGGUGAUCAGCUUCUACAACAACAGCAGCAGCAGCAGCAGCAGCAGCAACAACAACCCCAACCAGAGCAGCAACCCCAAUCAGAACAACAACAGCAGCAGUCUUGAAUUCAUCAACUAGCAUACAAUCAAGUGAUUGUUCUUUGUUCUAGUAAUUUCCUGAUAUGUUAUUUGACUUGAUAAUUAUCUGUUUUAUAUUUGUGCUUUUGUUCAUUGUUGAAUGUUAGUGUCCCAUGAACAUCUUGAUCCGUUUGGUAUGCUUAACGUUGCUUUGCAUUUCAGAGA